AUACCCUAGAACUUCAUAAUUGUAUGUAUUUAUAUAGCAUUUCAAACAUUUAAUCUUCCACAUUCCAAACAUUUCAAAGUGAUUACAUCUCAGUUAUCUCAUUUUAACACCACAGCGCUCCUGUGAUGCUAGUGAUACUAGUAUAUCUAGAAGCUAGAAGUUAUUACUGAUUUGCAGAAGACCAUAAAGUUAAUGGAAAAGCUGAGACAAGAGCCCAGUUUGGCAGGCUAUUCAUCCAGGACACUUUCUGCUUUAUCACAAGGAGUGUUUUAAAAUUAUCUGCUUUCUGUCAUCACCAAAGUCAGCUGAUAUGUUGGGCUAAGCUUUCAAAAAUUUGAAAUAUAUACUGGCAACAUGAGAGUUCUACGUGUGUACUUUGGUAUCAUUGUUAUGUUUGGGUCUGAUAAGAUCAAGAAAUGAUAUAAGGGCUUUCUCUUUCCAAGCUUUUGAAUCACCCUACCAAGUCAGUGUAUUGGAAGUAUACUGGAUCAUUAAGACUCUUUCACUCUUCCUGACUUAGAAACUUUUCAAGUUUUUCUUGUAAUAAAAGACUUAAACUGCAGGUAUCUGAGAAGACUGUGCUAUGGUUCUUGAGUGUGUAAUUGCUUCUUUUCUCUCCUCUUUUAGUUCUUGAGUUUUUAAACAUGCGCUCAUCAUACCACCCUCAUAAACUCUGGUCAAAACCAAAAGCUUGUCAGAUCCAUGACCACAACACAGAAACUUUUGUGUCCUUUACACCAGAGGAACAAUUUCCCGGAAGACUCUUCUAAAACCUUUCCCUUCCCCUGGCCUUCCUUGGAAAAACAAACCAAUUUGGGAACAGCGAUACAUGAAGACCUUAGAUCCUAGAGAAGGGAUGUGUGUGUGUGUGUGUGUGUAUCUGUGCCUGUGUAAUUGGGAUAAGGAAGAAGGAUGGGAGGGGAAUUCUGUCCUUGAUACUGUCCAGGUAAUCAUGAAAGUUGGUAACUAAAGGAAUAGGUGGGCACAUAGUCUCACUUGUGAUGGAAUUCAUCUUCUGUUCCUGUCUCUAUGCCCUUUGCCCAUAGUCUACUGACUUUUAUCCCCCAAAUAUGUCCCAGGCCCUGUAUUACCUCUUCUUUUUUUCCCAAGGGAUCAUCUCUUCAGUUUUCAUUGUAAUGUAGCCAAGACUUGUAUAAAGUUGUUGAUUGGAUCUGAAAUGGAAAUUUAAACAUUUCACUGACUGCUUCAAGUAGAACUGCAUGGUUGCUGACAGAUUAGAUACAAACGUGUUUAAUGUACCAGAUCCAUUUUGGUGAGGUUGUUGUUCCGUAUCAUUCCUUCCAUUAUGUAGAUAGCAUAACUGGAAUAUUUGUACCCUCAGAUUUUUUUUUUUUAUUGUUUGAUUUCCACGUGCUAUUUUGAUUUUCUGUGAUCAUACAGUAACCUUUUCUUGAUAUCUAAUUUAGAUAGAAAGUCUGUGGUUAUGUCCUUUCCUUAACUUCCUCCUAAGUGUUCGACUUCAGCAAUGGAGAGGGGAGGGGAGGGAAGGGAAGAGGAGAGGAGAGAGAAAAGAGUGCUAGAGUCAGACUUGGAGGUUGGAGAAUUAUUAGGGUACAUUUCUGCCUGAAUGUAUGUUAUUGGUUGAAUUUUGGGGUUGGGUACAACCCCAAAAGCAUGUCUUGUAAAUUCUAACCUGUAUGCCUGCAAUUAUAAUCCCAUAUAACCCCUUUUCUUGCACUAAAGUGGUAUUUGUAUUUUUUUUCUUUUUUUGUAGAAUUGACAUUUUCACAAGGUUGAGUCUACCUAUCCAUGGGCAUGGUGGCCCUGGUGACUGAGAUGGCAUCUUCUGUAAACAUCCUGGGGCCUGUCUUGCUCCUACUGUUCCCCCUGUGGGGACAGCUCAUGCAUGGCCAGAACCUCUCCCGGAAGCAGUUCAUGAAACAGCACCACCUGAGGCCAAGCCUGGAAUUCAACCAAUACAAGUGUGAUGUCCUCAUGAGGGAAAUAGAGGGUCUGAAAGAGAAGAACUCUCACAUCUUCCUCUAUAUCGCAUGGCACCAAAUUGCAAAUAUUUGUUUUAAGACCUGGAGAGAGCGGUACAGAAAUAUGUACGUAUGGGCCCAUCAACCCUUCAAAAUACUCAGCUGUAAAAGGAAGAAUUUCAAUUAUAGCUACACAGAGAAAAGGAGCUACAGCCACAUUGAAUUCCAUUGUAGCGUGAAAGGGUAUGUUGAUAGCAUAGAGGACAUGCGAGUGCUAGAGUAUAUUGAUACCUAGAAGGUCUACCCGCCUACCUAGGUUUUAGUAAAUGGAUCUGUGCCCAAGUGGUGGGCCCUACCUACACCAAUAGAUCUUGCCACUCUCCACUUUGUGAUUUACAUAUCAACAGUUUCAAACUACUUAGAAUUAUGCAUCACAGUGUUUCUUGAUACCAUAAAUUUACCUAAGCUGUUUGUGUCUGAAAUACCCUUUUGUCCCAUUGGCCUGAUUUACUCCUACAAUUUUUCAACAUUCAACUCAUAUGGCAUCUUCUCUUGACUAACCCAGGACUUUUCCUAAUAUUGGCUCUACUUAUGCCUACCCAAGUCACAUAAUUUUCCCUUCCUUGUAAAAAACUUUAUUAUCCCAAUAUGUGUGACAUUUGUAUCUGAUAAGUGCAGAGCAUGUGUUGUGUUAUAGGUGCUAUGGGUGUGAUAUAGAUUUUGCUUGGAUGUGAUUUGUGCUGUGUAGCUUUAAGGUGUGUUAUAUGCGUGUGUCUACUGUGUAUGAUAUGUUUUAUGUUUAUGACAAGCGUGUGAAUGUUUAUGUGCUAAGCUGGGCACAACUUGUGACCAGGUAUUGUGCUAGGCAUUGGUUGUGGGGACAUGCUGAGUUCCAUUUAGAAUGAGGGUGGGAACGGGCAGAGUUGACUGAGUGCGCAAUAUGUAGCUUAAUUCCUGGCUCAUAGUAGAUACUUAGACAAAAUUGGUUUUCUUCUUUUCCCAUCCUUUGGCUUGAUACUUUAAUCUUGGCUUUUGAAAAAAGAAACAUGACAAGUGUCCACCCACCACCUGUUCUCUCUGGCUUAAGAAGGUAGGAGUUUCUAAUAUAAAAAACAGUAGGCUGUUAUUCUGUGAGGAAGCUCUAAAUUUGCAGAGUAAAAAAGAGCCCUUCCUCCAUCAGCCACAGACUGGCAGAGCUCCCUACGGAACUGUUUCU